UGAACGCAUGUAUGUUAUAUUAUUGGCAACAAUACAGGUUACCAUUGCUUCAUCCUUAAUUCGAUUCAGAGAAUGAGCCAUUUUUUUUAUUUUCCAAGGAAAGAAAUUUGAAAUAAUAUUCACAAAAGAGAGUCAACUUCAUAAUCUCCUACGGAUCAUACUCUUACACUUGGAGGUUUUAUAUUCUUUUAAAGUUCCCAUUCAUUGCUUUCCCCUUCUAUUUUCCCAUUUUUACCUAGUCUAAAGCCUCUCAUAACCCGCUACUUAAUUUCAGCAAGUUAGCCCUGGAAGAGAACGGAAAACAUCUGUGUUUAGCUUGAAAACUACAAAAGCCAUGAUACAGUUCGGGAAAAGCGCCUGUUUUCAGAGGCCUCUUAUAAAGAAAGGAACUCCUAUAAUAAGGAAGUUCUCCCAAAUACGACUACAUCCCCCAUAGUUCAAGGCGACCAAAAUAUCCGUAUGGAGUCCGCCCCUGGCCACCUCCCUCUCCCCGGCAGAGCGCCCGGAUAAAGGUUCCGUUCCUUGCGCAGUGCGACUUGAUGCAUCGCUGCUGACAGGGGAGCUGGAGGUUAAGGCUGGGGGAAAGGCGGCAGCGACAGCCUGGCAUCGUACGACUCCCCAUUCCCCUGGUGGGAAGAGGACUCUGGAGUUGAAGCCCCGGCGGAAGAAAUGUCGGAGGGAUGCGGAGGCCCCACCGUCCGCGGCUCCGGCGGAGGAUUAAACCGCGAGCUAUGCCGCACGUUCGGCCACUACAACCGGCACCUAACGCGAUUGCAGCACAACUUGCGCGAAACGAAGAAGUUCUUCCGCGACAUCAAAUACUUCCAAGGCCCCACUGUUUUCCCCGUUGCUAAUGCUGGGCCUCCCGGGGAGGAGCCGCCUGAACAACACCCCGCCCCUUCGGCCGUUGAUAGCGCCCCUGCUGGUGGGGGUGCCUCCCUGCAGACUGGACAGCUAAGUUCAAUUGCCUUUCCUCGACAUGAGGAGGAAUACCUCCAGCUGACAGUAAGAUGUCACCCAUGCUUAUUAAUCUUCGGACAAAACUGUAAUGCCAAAUGCCAAUUACUCAACAUGCUCUUGGGAAAGAGACUGCUACCUACCACCAAAAUUAGCAGUGAGGAUCAUUGUAAGAGGCGUCGGAUUCGUUUCACACAUGGAAGACAGACACGGAUCAGUUUAGCUCUACCAGGACAGUAUGAAUUGGUGCAUAAUUUGGCAGCUCAUCAAAGUAGUUGGGAAACAAUACCUGAGGAGGACUUAGAAAUCCAUGAUGACGAUGAGGAUCUGGCACAUCAGAUUGCAGAGUUGGAGGUUACACUGAAUCAUACUUUAUUACAGGAAAUGGAUAUUGUGAUAGCUCCAUGUCGGGGAUUCCAGUCAGCUGAAGACACUUUGGGAGAAUACAUCAACAGCGUUCUUCCAGUCAUCACUUUUGCCAUCAGUGAGGCUGAACUUUCAACACUGGACAUGAACGAGUUGCAAGAAAUUAAAGAAAAGUUUGCUUUACCCAUCUUCUUUUUCAAAGUAUUAAAUUUGGGAUCUGAACUAAUAUCUCCUCAAAAUGUGGAAACUGAAAAGUCAUCCCUUUUUCGGCAACUGCUAGAUUUAGAUUAUCUUAGUAGCAACCAUUGCAGUUGUGGAGCUCCUAGCACUGAUGCCAAAGCCCAAAGCAUGUUGGUAGAACAAUCUGAUAAGAUUCGUCUGCUUAGCACUUUCUCCAAACAAGUACUACAACAGCGCUUGGUAGAUGCUGCUACCAUUUUGAACAUUGUACACUACCGUUGCUUAGACAUUUUCAUCAACCAAGCCUUUGAUAUGCAACGAGACCUGCAAAUCACUCCAAAGCGUUUAGAGUAUACGCGGAAGAAAGAGAAUGAGCUGUAUGAAUCUCUGAUGGGUAUAGCCAACCGCAAACAAGAAGAAAUGAAAGAAAUGAUAAUUGAAACCCUCAAUAACAUGAAAGAAGAGCUGCUGGAAGAUGCUGCUAAUAUGGAAUUCAAAGAUAUAAUUAUUCCUGAGAAUGGGGAGCCUAUAAGUUCUAAAGACAUUAAGUGCUGUAUUAAGCAAAUCCAGGAAUUGAUAAUUUCAAGGUUAAACCAAGCAGUAGCUAAUAAACUGAUAAGUUCUGUGGACUACUUGCGAGAGAGUUUUGUAGGCACUCUGGAAAGAUGCCUGAAGAGUCUGGAAAAAUCUCAGCAGGAUGUUUCAGUACAUAUUACAAGCAAUUAUUUAAAACAGAUAUUGAAUGCAGCCUACCACGUAGAAGUUACUUUUCACUCUGGUUCAACAGUAUCACGGAUGCUGUGGGAACAGAUCAAGCAGAUAAUACAACGGAUCUCUUGGGUGAGCCCACCUGCUAUCACCAGGGAGUGGAAAAGGGAGAUAGCUCAGGAUGCCAUUGAGAGUCUUAGUGCAUCCAGAUUGGCAAAGAGCAUCUGCAGCCAGUUCCGAACAAGGCUAAAUAGCUCUCAUGAAGCUUUUGCUGCUUCUUUGCGACAGAGGCUGGCCAUUCAGGUAGGCUUGAAAAAACAGAAGAUCUUUGGUUGAAGGUGCG